GUUUCGGCCCGGUCCUGGGACCACAACGAGUUCUUUGCCCAGUUCUCGGGAGACCACACCCUGCUGACCAGGGGCUACUCGGUUCUCCUCAACAAACUGGCCGAGGGCCUGGAGAUCCACAGGAACUGUCCGCCGAGGAAACGUCGGAAGCUUUCGGUGGUGGGACUGAAUGGAGCAGAGGAGAGCAGUAGCAAAGUCAAAGCAUCCAGGCAAAAGCAGCUUGGAUUUAAAUCAGAACAAUGCAAUGGUGGAUUUAGAAAGGAGUGA